CUGAGCCCUGAGGAGGAGGACCGGGAAUCACUGCACCGGAGGACCCAAGCAUGCCGCAGUACAAGCUGACGUACUUCAACCUGCGAGGCCGAGCAGAAAUCAGCCGCUACCUCUUUGAAUAUUCAGGCAAGAAGUAUGAAGACCACAGGAUAGAAAUGGCUGACUGGCCCAAAAUCAAACCAACCAUCCCCUUUGGCAAAGUGCCCAUUCUGGAAGUAGAUGGAGUUAUCAUUCAUCAGAGCCUGGCCAUAGCAAGAUACCUGGCCAGAGAAUCAGGCCUGGCAGGUCAGACGCCUGUGGAACAGGCACUAGCUGACGCCAUUGUGGACACCAUCGAUGAUUUCAUGACACUCUUCCCUUGGGCAGAGAAAAACCAGGAUGUCAGAAAACGAGCAUUUGAUGAGAUCCUCACCAACAAAGCACCCGAGCUACUGAAAGACCUGGACACCUUCUUGGGGGAUAAAAACUGGCUGGUGGGGAAGUCUGUAACAUGGGCUGACUUCUACUGGGAUGUGUGCAGUACCACACUUCUGUCCUGCAAGCCUGACCUGGCAGACAAACACCCCAGGCUGCUGGCUCUCAAGGAGAGAGUGCAAGCACUGCCAGCUAUUGCAUCCUGGAUCCAGAGAAGACCCAAGACUAUAAUGUAGAUUGGCUGUUCAGAAUGGGAAGAGAAAAAAACC